AAUCGUCAUCUCCGGUCCGUUCUGUCUUCCGUCAGCCGCGCGCAUGUAUUGGCCUCUUUACGACUCGGCUGGCUAAGAUGGCGGACGCACAAACCGAGAGGGCUUAUCAGAAGCAGCCCACCAUCUUCCAGAACAAGAAGCGUGUUCUUGUAGCUGAAGGUGGCAAGGAGGCUAAGGAGAAGAUCCCACGCUACCACAAGAGUGUUGGACUUGGCUUCAAAACCCCAAGAGAGGCUAUUGACGGCACUUACAUUGACAAGAAAUGCCCCUUCACCGGAGACGUCUCCAUCCGUGGACGUAUCCUCUCUGGUGUGGUGACCAAAAUGAAGAUGCAGAGGACCAUUGUGAUCAGACGGGACUACCUGCAUUACAUUCGCAAAUACAACCGUUUUGAGAAGAGGCAUAAGAACAUGUCUGUCCAUCUGUCACCUGCAUUCAGAGAUGUCCAGGUUGGAGACAAUGUAAUCGUUGGAGAAUGCCGACCCCUCAGCAAGACCGUGAGGUUCAAUGUUCUAAAGGUCACAAAGGCUGCUGGGGCCAAGAAGCAGUUCCAGAAGUUUUAGAUGUUGGAUGACUGACAUGAAGGCAUUCUUGACUGGCCUGUGCUGUUAAAAAAAUAAACAAAUGUUCUCCA